CGCGUAGCCGGGCCGCCUCACUCCCCCUCGGCGAUGGCGGCCGCAAUGGCGGCCUCGCAACGGGAUCCUGCAGGCGACUGGCAGGACUUUUCGGGCUUCCAGCCCGCCGGGGAGGGAAGCGGGGCCCCGGAAACCUCGCCGGCUCGGGAGGAGGGCUCCUGGGGCGACGGAGGCAAGGGCUUGGCGGCUAAGCUGCCGCUCUGCUUCCAGCCGCCUCAGCCGACCGCGCCGACGCCUCCAGGGAGCGGAGAAGGAGAAGCCCGGCUCCCGCUGCCGCCGCCCCUCAGCGAGCAGAGCGCCCUGCAGGAAGACGAGAUUUGGAACGCUCUGACUGACAAUUAUGGCAAUGUCUUGCCAGUUGACUGGAAAUCUUCCCAUACCAGAACACUCCACUUGCCAACACUGAAUCUUUCUGAAAAGGGGGUUAAUGAAAAUUUGAACCUUGAUUUAUCAGAUGAUGAAGAACUAAGAGAACAGCUAGAUAUGCAUUCUAUCAUAGUUUCCUGUAUUAAUGAAGAACCUCUUUUCACAGCUGAACAGGUGAUUGAAGAAAUAGAGGAAAUGAUGCAGGAAUCUCCAGAUCCAGAUGAUGAUGAAACACCAACCCAGUCAGACCGCCUCUCCUUACUGUCCCAGGAAAUUCAAACACUCAAGAGAUCCAGUACAAAUCACAAUUAUGAAGAGAGGGUGAAAAAAUUAUCUGUGACUGAAUUAAACGAUCUUCUAGAAGAGAUUGAGACAGCCAUAAAACACUACUCUGAGGAGCUUGUACAGCAGUUGGCACUACGAGAUGAGCUGGAAUUUGAGAAGGAAGUGAAGAACAGCUUCAUAUCUGUUCUUAUUGAAGUGCAAAACAAACAAAGAGAACAAAAAGAAAUAGCCAAGAAGAAAAAGAAAUUGAAAAACGGCAGCCCUCAAAAUGGCAAGCAGGAGAAAGGUCAUAUGCCUGGAACACGCUUCAGCAUGGAAGGAAUCUCAAAUGUCAUUCAGAAUGGCUUCCGUCAAACAUUUGGAAACUCAGGUGGAGAAAAACAGUAUCUGACAACAGUUAUUCCAUAUGAGAGGAAAAGUGGACCUCCAUCUGUUGAAGAUCUGCAGACGUUAACAAAAAUUCUUCAUGCCAUGAAAGAAGACAGCGAGAAAGUGCCAAGUUUAUUAACAGACUACAUCUUGAAGGCAUUGGUUUGAAAGCUGGAUUGCUCUGAGUUCUGUGCCCAACAUGAAGAAAGCUGUGAAGAACAGGCCUACUAAUUCCUGUGAAAAGAUGUUUUCCAGAGUUUGUUUGGCACUAUAUUGAAUUCAAAUGUCACAUUCUAAUGUAUUUACUACUUCUGUUGUCUGCUUGGACUUUUAAAUUCUGGAAUAUGUCCUCUGGAGCAUGCAGAGCUCAUCCAUUUUUUUCCACUUCAGUGUGGUGUAUUUGAACAAAAAACAGAUUCUGUACAGUUUUAUUCACCUGCUGUGUUGUUUUCGGCUUUUAAAACACUAUUUUUCACUAUACAGCAUGUAAAAUUAUUCUCCAAACAAUCGGCUUUUAUGGAGAAAAACUAAACUUUAGUGUAAAUAAAAGAAACCUAUUAAAUUUACCUGAAUUUUAAUAAAAAGUAUAAUAGAUUCUGAUAUUAAAUGUGUAAAAUGGAUCAAAAGCUGUGGCUGCACUGCAAAAAAAAUCCAUUGAAGAUUUUCAUUGGAAAUUCUAGAAUGGUGUUAUGAGAACUAGCACUGAUUUUUUAAACAGUAACAGCAGUAUUAUUGUUUACUGAUUCUUGUGAAUUUUUCAGAAUUCUCUAGAAAUUAAAAAAAGGUAAUGUGUGUUGCUUUUCCAUACAGUUUUGUUUGUUUAACAAGAAUGCAUUUUGCUAGGAUGUUUUUUAGUGCAAUCCUGACAGAAAUGAAUGGGAUCAGCGAAAGAGCACAGUGCACUUGCCUUAGCACUGAGGUGGAGAACUGCAGAGAAUUUGAGGGCCACUCCUUACUCCUCAGACCCCUCCCACCCAAAAACCAACCUCUGCGCUUUGAGAAACACAAUUGGAAAUGGCUUCCAGUUUCUGGUUUCAGCCAUUUGAGUUUGUAGCGCAUGGCACUCCUGGAGAUGCCUAAAAAUGACUGUUAUUUUGUAGAGGAUUUUGAGGAUAGUAACCAUUUGGAACUGUGUGCAGUUUCUCCACCCCUGUCUUAGGAGAAUUAUGAAGGAGAAGUUUUAGAACAGGCAUGGGCAAACUUCAGCCCUCCAGGUGUUUUGGACUUCAACUCCCACAAUUCCUAACAGCCAGAGUUGAAGUCCAAAAAACCUGGAGGGCUGAAGUUUGCCCAUGCCUGUUUUAGAAGGUGUGAUCUAAACCGUUGUCUCAUUGCUUCUAUUUUCUGUAUUUUAUUUAAAGGUAAUGUAGCUGGAUAUGUAUCCUUUGCUGCUAUUGUACUUUUUAGUCCAUGUGUUAAAUGUUUGGUCAAAAUAAAUUUUAUAUGUACUAUGUUAAUGAACACUUUUAAAAAAUG